UUUCUGUAUUUUUUCAAAUCAAUAUCAGUUUCUCCCAUUUUCCUAAUUCUUUAAACUUAAUUUCAGGUUUUCCUAUUUUUAAUCUUUCAGCAAUGUUUUGAGCUUUUUUCAUUCAGGUAUUUUAAGAAACUUUCUGAAAUUAAUUUCAGCUUUUAGCGUUCCAACGCAUUUUGAGCAGGAAAUGCUACUUCUAGUUAUUUUCAACACUUUACUUUCGAACAUCACCUCCGCCCCACCGCACGAUGCCAUGGUACAAAACGCCAGCCCGACGCACGUUGAUGACGCAAUCACCGAACUACAAAAACAACAACAGAACAAAGCUUUUGUCGCUAAUAUAACGAAUAUGGCUAUUUUACAGCUUUAUAAACUUCUGGGUUUGGAAAUUUGGCUUUACAGGGUCGUAUGUGUUCGAAUAUAGGCACGUUUUAAGAAAAUGGAACAACUGUGUAUUCAACUUUAAUUUUAAACUCUUUUGUCUCCUGCCUGCUAACGUUAGCUUUUAGAGGCUAAGCUUUUUAUUAAGCGAGCCGGGGAGGACAAGAGCCCCCUUGACCUAAAGGUAAACACACGACCUUUGUCUUAAUCACGGUGAGAAACGUGACAAUCUCUCGCCGAAUCAUGACGUUCAACGUGAUAAUUCCCUGAAAAUAGAUAUUUAUGGAAAGCCACGCCACAAGACAACCUGGUGGAGAUCCUGACUUGCACCAAUGUCCACCAACAUCAUUUUACCAUCUCACAUCAUGCCGCCGCGGAAGAGACCCCUGGUCCCUGUGAGCAGCCGGCGGAAAGCAGCAGACAACCACUUCCCUUUCAACCUAAUGCCCAUUGAGUGCCAGCUGCACAUCCUGUCCUUCCUGAACGAAGUGGACAAAUGCAGCUGCGCCCUUGUUUGCUUGAGUUGGAGCCGCCUCAUCCGCUCGUGGAAGCUGUGGCGGGUGGCAGACUAUUCCCGCCGCGGGGUCUUCCACCUGGGCCAGCAGGGGCUACUGGUUUCCAACCGCGAGUUUGAGAGAUGGAAGGCCUGGGUUCACCACUACACCCAUCACCUCAUCUCACGGAGGGCCAGCCUGCUCACACUGAAGGCCAGCUUUGACCUUGGAGAUCGCUGCAACAAGUGGUGCGAGCUUUUGAGCCGCCUGCUCGACAACGUCCAGUGCAGAGACCUCAGCCACCUGGACCUAAACUGGACAUUUACUUUGCUAGAGCCGCUGGACCUCAGGGUCCAUGCCGGCUCCAAUUCGCACCAGGACUACAUUACAAAGAUGGACCAGGUGACCAGUUUCCAUGGACUGCUGACCAAACUCACCCAGAGCUGCCCGCGCGUCUCGAAGAUGCGGCUGCACUUCGACUGGUCGGAUGAGUCCGUAUUGCUGCUCACCCGGUUCCAGCAGCUGCGGGUCCUCGAGCUCAAAUACUUCUGGGUGUUUAAAGGGGUGCCCCCAACAAUGCUGCAGUCCCUGACCAAGUCCCUGCCCAACCUAAGAUCGCUGACUUUGCAGAUCCUGGUGCCGCUUAGGAACCUGGGCAUCUCGUACACCCUGGAGUCCCCGUCGUUGGAGUUCCUGGACGUGUCGCCCAGCCGAGGCCUGGUCUUCUCCUGUCUGCAACUGCCGGCCCUGCGCGAGCUCCGUGCCACAAAGAUUAUUCGCGGCAUCACACUGGACCGGAGGACCAGGCUGAGGAUCCAGAGCCGGUGGCCUUGCCUGUACCGCGUCCUUUGGGAGGGAACGCCUAAGCUCCAGGCUCUCAACAGUGAGCGGCUGCUUCCCACCUGGAGAGAGGACGGCGACGGGGAGCUGUCGGCCAUCCUGAAGCAGUCCUGUUACUGCAUCCAGCAUCAGGACAGCUGGCUGUGGUAGACGACUCUAAGACUUGAAAUUAGGAUCAUUCCAUGGGUGGUUGUGAGGACGGACGGCUUUUGCACAAAUUAGACAAGUCUUCAAGUGAAAUCAAAAGGAUGCAUUUUUUUUUUUUAAUUGUUUUUGUCUGCAGUUUUUUUGUUUAAUUUUUCUUUACAACUGCAGAGGUGCUUGGUGCUGAAUGUACUGUGUCGUGCUGACGUAGACACAUUUCCACCAGAGGUCUUUACGUUGGAGAAAAGACAAUAAAAAACACUCUACCAGAGUCAAGUGUGCAGACUCCAUGUCUGUCAGUGUAAUAACCACCUGGGGCUGUAGAUAUUGCUUAUUGCAUAACAUACGUUUAUUAAUCUUACCAAUACCUACACAAAACUAUCAUACUUGUGUCGGAUUGGUAUUGACAGAUACACGCGUUUAAGUAUCAGAUUUGAUAUUAAGAAGGAAUAUGUAGUAUUUUUACUAGGAGCCUCCUCUGAUUCUCUUCUGCAGUUCUGUUUUUAAUCUGCAGAGGUCCUUGUUGUCAAACAUUUGCCCUUCCAGGGUCUUCCAACAGAAACUUUAUAUGUGCACUACUGUAACAUUUGAGAGAUUCUGAUCAUUUCAAUCAAGAUGCCUCAGUCUCAUAAUGCAUCAGAGUAUAUGUGAGAUUUAGCUGAUGAUGUAUGUUUUUUGAGUGUGGAGUAUUUCACUUGAUUCCUUAUAAAGAACAGUAUUCCAUCUUAACU